AUCAGUCAGAUAUAAAAGAUUUCAACAUACUUAAAGUAUAACCAACAACAUUUAAACUUCAAAUAUAACCAUUUGUACAACAUGGCCCUGGAAAGUAUUUGUGGUAUGGAUAAGCUGCCAUUUAUGAAGAGCUUUGGAUAUCGCACCUCGAAGCAGACAAUUGAAGAAAUCAGAGUCGCAUCGAGUAACAUGGAUAAUCCCCUCGCCAUAAUGGCUCCGCCAUAUGAAAAUCCACGGGAAAGUGUGAAAAAACUGAAUGCGCUAAGUGAAGUGCAGAUAGAUUUUGACCACGGAACCACCACGGUGGGUUUUGUUUACCAAGGUGGCAUCAUUUUGUGUGUGGAUUCCAGAGCCACGUCGGGAAAGUUAAUUGGAUCUCAGAGCAUACAUAAGGUCGUACAGGUCAACCAGUACAUAAUGGGUACCACUGCAGGUGGUGCAGCGGAUUGCACAUACUGGGAUCGAGCUUUGACCAGGGAGUGCCGACUGCACGAGCUCCGCUAUAAGGAGCGACUUCCAGUCCAAUCUGCUGCCAAAUAUAUCUCCAACGUGGCUGCGGAAUACAAGGGAAUGGGUCUCUGCAUGGGAAUGAUGCUGGCCGGUUGGUCGCCCGAAGGACCCAGUUUGGUAUACGUGGACUCCAACGGCCUGCGGAUCCAUGGAAAGCUUUUCGCCGUGGGCAGUGGAGCCCCCAAUGCCCUGGGAAUUUUGGACUCUGACUACCGGUUGGAUCUCAGUGAUAACGAGGCCUACGACCUGGCCUUCCUUGCAGUAUAUCAUGCUACCAUGACAGAUAUCUUUUCAGGCGGUGUGGUGAGACUAUAUCACAUGGAUCAAGGAAACUGGAGGAAUGUGGCCAAUAAAGACUGCCAGGAACUGCAUGAACAGUACUCAGGUGUGGGAAAUCAACAAACUCCCUAAGUUCUGCACUUCAUUUGGUUAGAGCGUUAAAGGUUUGUACUACGUUAUCCAUUUUCCGAAUGAGUGAGUGACGGGAAACGAAAACACCACUUUUAGAACAAACAUCUGCGUUUUACCAAAUUAAGACCAUCAAAUAAAUGCUGUUGACUUAUUUAUUUUCUAAUUUGCGUACACGUUUUUAAUUAGUGCGCCUUUUGUUUACUUAAAUUUUCACUCAAUUUUAACGCGCUUGAAAAACUCCAACCCUUACGACCAUGAAAAUUGCUAGUCGCUAAUCAUUUUGCGCUAAAUUAAGUGCCCUAAUGGAAUGUUUAGAUUUUUUCAACUUUUUUAUUGCUGACAUGCAAGGUUGGGUCUCGCCCCCAAAGAGGAGAACAUUAAAUAAGUAAAUUGCCUCCUUUCUGGACAUUGGCACAACAAUUAAGUUGGCAUUUAAGUCGAAUAAAGGACAGGAGCAGAGACCAAAAAGAGUUAACAAAAGUCCCUGCAUAAAUCAAUGGCAACAGCAUUAUUUGGGCAUAGAAGGCGUGGAGUAAAAAAAAAAAGGUUCAAAUACUUGAAUUUUUCCCGCUUCAUGCUUUUGACCCGGCCAACAGCAGCAAUAAUAAACAAG